UAGCAAUCAACGAAUCAAUCACUCUUUUGUCCCGCAACAUCACCCAGAAUGGAAGCCCUCGACAAACGCAUCGCCCAACAGGGCGAUCUCGUCCGAUCCUUGAAGUCCUCUAAUGCCGACAAGACUAAAAUCGCCGAGGAGGUUGCUGCGUUGAAGACUCUCAAGGCCGAGCGCGAGGCUCUUGUUCCCAAGGAAGCCGCCACCACCACCCCAGCCUCGGCCUCCACAUCAAAGUCUGAGGAUAAGAAGGGCAAGAGCGCCUUCACGCUCAAGAACGCAAAGGGUACCAAGGAUUACACGCCCCAGGAGAUGGCUGUACGCGAGAAGAUCUUUUCGACCAUCGUCCAAGUGUUCAAGAAGCACGGUGGGAUCACCAUUGACACUCCGGUUUUUGAGCUUAAGGAAAUCCUUUCUGGAAAGUAUGGCGAGGACAGCAAAUUGAUUUACGAUCUCGAGGACCAAGGAGGCGAGAAAUGUUCCCUUCGCUAUGACUUGACCGUACCCUUUGCGCGUUUCCUUGCCAUGAAUGGUAAGGAGUACCAGAACGUCAAGCGCUACCACAUCGCCAAAGUCUACCGCCGUGAUCAGCCUGCCAUGACCAAGGGCCGCAUGAGAGAGUUUUAUCAAUGCGAUUUUGACAUCGCCGGCACGUAUGACCCUAUGAUCCCCGACAGCGAAUGUUUGAGGAUCUUAACCGAAUGUUUGACCGCUUUGGACUUGGGAGACUUCACGAUUAAGAUGAACCAUCGCAAAAUUUUGGAUGGCAUCUUCGAAGUCUGCGGGGUUCCCGAGGACAAAAUCCGUACCAUCUCUUCUGCCGUCGACAAGCUGGACAAGUUGCCUUGGGCUGACGUUCGCAAGGAAAUGACAGAAGAGAAGGGAUUGGACCCCCAGGCUGCAGACCUCAUUGGAGAAUACGUUCAACUGAAGGGAGGCGAAGAGUUGCUGGAGCGUCUCUACAACGAUGCCAAGUUAGGUGCCAAUGCUCGUGCGAAGGAGGGCUUGGAUGACAUGAAGGUGCUAUUCAGGUACUUGAACGUGCUCAACGUUACCCGCCACACCUCUUUUGAUUUGUCGCUCGCCCGUGGUUUGGACUACUACACUGGCUUGAUUUACGAGGCCGUUCUAGAGGGAUCUGCCCCACCCACUUUAGCAAAUGGUGAAAAGGCACGCGCUACAGUGAAAAAAGGCACAGACGAGCUAGAUGAGAGCACCGUGGGUGUUGGAUCAGUGGCGGCCGGUGGUCGCUACGACAAUUUGGUUGGUAUGUUCUCUGGCUUGAACAAGAAGGGGCAGCCCAAUCUAGUGAUCCCUUGCGUUGGUGUCUCGAUUGGAGUGGAGCGUGUGUUUUCGAUUUUGAUGCAGAAGCAGAAGAAGGAGCAGAUCAAGAGCAAUGAGGUCGAGGUUUAUGUCGUGGGUUUGGGCGGAGUCUCGGUGGAGGAGAGGAUGAAGAUUUGCACGGAACUGUGGGAUGCCGGCAUCAAGGCCGAGUUCGCAUACAAGUUGAAGCCAAGGACACAGAAUCAAUGGGAUGUGUGCGAUCGUGACAUGAUUCCGUUCGCAGUGAUUGUCGGUGGCGACGAAAUCGAAAAGGGCUUGGUCAAGAUCAAGGACAUGCGCACCAAGGACGAGUCUCAGAAAGGUGGUCUGGAGUACCCUCGCUCGGAGAUGAUCGCGGAGCUACAGAAGCGACUGGCGGAGCUUUAGACACAUCUCAACAGGCAAUCCACAUCAGAAUCUUGACUUGUAAUAAAACCGCUUUUAAUUAACCAUAA